AUGUCGCAAAUUCCAUCCGAUAGCUCAGGUAAUAGCGAUGCCCUGGAACUUGAAGCAGCGGGGUAUCAGCAGGCUAUGCCGCGUCGCUUUUCUCUAUGGUCAUUAGGUGCACUAUCUUUCACUCUGACUUGUACGUGGUUGGGGACAGGAUCUUCGAUCGGUAUCAGCUUGACAGAAGCCUCAUCGGCUGGGACUCUGUGGUCUCUUCCCAUUGCGGGAGUCAUGACGACCAUCGUCUCAUUGGGCAUGGCGGAACUUGCGUCUGCAUAUCCAGUCGCUGGUGCACAGUAUUAUUGGUCGUUUAUGGUAGCCAGAGAUGACUAUAAGCCCUUUGCAUCUUACCUGAACGGUUGGAUGAGCGUCAUCGGCUGGUGGCUUGCGUCAAGCUCAGUAUCCAACUUUGUCUCAUCCAUGAUCCUCGAUAUCAUCGGGGCCUGGCAUCCUGACUGGGAUCAGAAGCGUUGGCAUCAAUAUUUGAUCUAUGUCGCUCUUAUUUGGAUAGCCACUUCUGCUAACAUCUUCAUGUCACGAUGGAUCCCUCUUUUCAACAAGAUAGUGUUUGUACUAUCUGUUUUGACCCUCAGCGCCACAACCAUCACUCUAUUCGUGGUGACCAAGAACCAUGCUUCGUCAGAUUUUAUUUUCACAGACACAACCAACAGAACCGGCUGGUCGAGUGAUGGGUUCGCUUUUAUGCUGGCGGUUGGCAAUGCAGUCUACGCCUUUCUGGGUAGUGACUGUGCCGCUCAUCUCUGCGAGGAGAUCCCCAACCCAGCCAGGAAUGUACCAAAGGUCAUGAUUUACCCUUUAUUGAUGGGUCUUUUUACUGCAUUUCCUUUUGCAGCUUCUCUUAUGUAUGCGAUAUCAGAUAUUGAGGCUGUUCUUAACACGACAACUGGAUUGCCCUUGUUUGAGAUUUACUUCCAAGGAACUGGAUCUCGGUCUGGGGCGACGGUGUUGAUGACGUUAUUUGCAUUCUGCUUUUUUGCAAAUCUUGUCGCCAAUGCGACAACUUCAUCACGAACGCUCUGGGCCGUGUCCCGUGAUGGCGCGUUGCCAUACUCACAUUUUUGGGAACGUAUUCAUCCCAUCUUCGAAGUACCCGUCAACGCGUUAUUACUUUCGGCAACGUUCAUAACUCUCUAUGGCCUGAUUUUCCUUGGUUCAUCUACUGCCUUUUCCGCCAUGGUCAGCGCAGCCAUCAUCUUUCUACAGACAUCAUGCAUCAUUCCUCAAGCCGUUCUUCUCUACAGAGGGCGAGAGCGUGUUUUACCGCUACGUUAUUUUAACCUGGGCAAGUAUGGCGCUUUGAUCAAUGGCAUCUCUGUGCUUUGGGUUGUUUUCCUUGACAUUCUGUACUGCUUUCCCACGACAAUGCCAGUUACGGCAGAAAACAUGAGCUAUGUUUCUGUUGUGUUUGUUGGAUUGGUAGGGUUUGUCAUUGUUCUCUGGUUUACUACCAAGAAAGAUACGUUUACGGGGCCGAGAAUUGACAUUGAUAUGUUGAAUGCUCGACGGGUGGCGGCUGUUGGACCUUUGGAGGGAACGCGCCCUGCGGAGUAUCACCCAUUGACGAAUUCGGAGGCAAUUAAGUCAGACUGA